UACAGUACAGUACAGUAUAUUAGAUGAUAUGAUAGAAAUAUAUUGAUGAGAAUGUGGUACAUUGAACAAUAGCACAGUAUUUAACAUAUAGCAUACCGGUAUAUGUGUGGUGCUUAAAACAGGCUAUUUCGUUAUCCUCUCUUCAAAGCCAAUAUAAUGAAUAUAAAUUUAUUAUAUAGGCUACACUUGCAAAUGCUCACUCCGUGCUGGCAUUCUGGUAUAGUAUAUACACUAGGGACUACAAAAGAAGAUGGUAAUAUUGUAUUCCAUAUAGGGCUUCUGUAUUAUUAUUAUUAUUAUUAUUAUUCGGUGUGUUUAAUUAAUUCCAGUAAUUCUGGUUUAUUUUUUAAAAACCGUCUGACUUUUUGUAGAUAGACAAAAAAUAGCGUUUAUCCGGGUCUUUUAUUAGUAUGUGAAUUUAAUAAGCAUGCUUUUCUUAUAUUCAGCACUGUGGGGUUAGACUAGAGUGCCUCCUCUUGGACUAUAUCAUCAUAAGAUUAAAGAACAUAAUUGAUAUAUUUAUUACCGAAUAGUAUUAGCAACAAUAUCUAUCAUCUAAGUAACGCUUAAGAAGGAAUACACAAACACAUUAUGUGCAAUUAAUUAAAUUACAGUAAGUACAGCAAAAGUAGAAUAUUACUUGUCAAAAAAAAAAAAAAAAAAAAAAAAAGUUGUGAAACUAUUUCGCCACAGCUUCAUCAGAGAAUUUGCGCCUCUUUGCGACAGUUGUAGUAUUGUCUACGUUACAAAACGGCUCCGGUUUCCAAGGAGACAGAAAGAGAAGAAAGCUUUGAGAGGGAAGUUAGGUAGAGGGAAAGAAGAUGUGAAGAAAUUAACAAAAUAGAGAAAAGGCAGAAGAGAAGAAUGGUGAAUUCCCUUGCAAGGCUUUAUGAUGGCAGGAAUGAGAAAGGAGAGGUUGUUGUGCAGUACUGGACCCUUCCACACAGAGGAUGAAGCCCAGCCCUGGCUCUGGAAACUCUGAAUGUUUCUCUUCCUUUGAGCAGAAAACCCCUUUCACUGAGAAACCGAAGGAUUACAUGGAAAACAGGAAGCCUGUGUUGGAGCUGAAGGAUGUCCCCCUUCCACCACACCAUGCCAGCUCCAAACCCUUUCCUGCUGCUCUCCCCAAUCCCCCAUCCUGUUUCCAGUCACAACAGCAGGAGCCCCGGCAAAUGCAGCAGCAGCAGGGGGCUGCUAACCCUAAAGUAAGCGCGUGUGUUUGUUGCGAGGGGAGCCUGCGGAACCAACACACUAGCCACAACAACGCUGGAUUUGUUAGCAACAGCUUUGGUGGUAGCGGUGGUGGUGUUUCUUUGCAUAUCAGCAAACCCUUAGACCCCCUUAAUGCCAGUAGUUCUGACACAAUCACCUGCCAGGUGGGAUCGGUUCUCCACCCUCCUAUUCCUGCUCUGCAGGAUGUGUGCUCUGAAAUCCAUGGUGUAAGAUGCGAGGUCCAGCACCCUACAGUAGCAGCGUCUCAGUCCACUGGGACACACCAUCACUUGCCCUGCUGUGAAGGCCUCUUGAGACAGCUACACCCCUUUCCUACAGCACACAGUGGCUUUGGUCAGAGCAAGUUCAAUUCGGCUGGGGCCUUUAUAGCCGUCCCUCCGCAUGAUGGGUUCUUGACCUGCUCUAGGUACUAUCCCUGCAGAGAGGAAUUCAUUGCUGGAGCCAGGGCUGAACAACACUUAUCACGGGGGGAUCUCGCCACCUCUACACACCUUUACACCAAACCUUUGCACCUGAAUGUUGAGCACACACUCUGUCUAAAGGGCACUCACUACUGCGGAGAAUGUUUGAGGAAGCCUGUCAUAGCUCCUGUUGUAGACAUAGCAAAAGUCUGGCCAAAUAUCCCCCCUCCACCAACCCAGUCAGUCUCCAUCCCUAUCCCCAUGUGCAAUGGCUGUGGUAUCCCAGGCACUGCAGCUGAUGGCUUGUUGCUUCUUGGAACAAGCCUUGGCAAAUCAUCUCAGAAAUAUGGCUCUCCUGACAGUGAGAAUUCGCCCCCUGUUGGUGUAUUCUGGGAUAUUGAGAAUUGCUCCGUGCCAAGUGGGCGCUCUGCAAUGGCAGUGGUGCAGAGAAUCCGGGAGCGAUUCUUCAAGGGCCACCGUGAAGCUGAGUUCAUCUGCGUGUGUGACAUCAGCAAGGAGAACAAAGAGGUCAUCCAGGAGCUCAACAACUGUCAGGUGACGGUUGCCCACAUCAAUGCCACUGCCAAGAAUGCUGCUGAUGACAAGCUGAGACAGAGCUUGCGACGAUUUGCUGACACACACGCUGCUCCGGCCACCAUAGUGCUGGUUUCAUCUGAUGUCAAUUUCGCAUGUGAGCUGAGUGAUCUCCGACACAGACAUGGGUUUCAGGUUAUCCUCAUACACAAAAACCAGACCUCUGAUGCUCUCCUGCAGCAUGCAAAUCGCCACGUCACUUUUGAGGAACUUGUCUCUGACUUGCCACCCAGAGUACCAGGAAAAACCCAUCCCUGUCACAGCCUGCUGUAUGUCUACAACCUCCCCUCCCACCGGGAUUCGAAGACUGUCACCUACAGGCUGCGCCGCCUGUCCGAUAACUGCGGGGGGAAGGUGCUGAGCAUCUCCUCGGGCAGCGCUGUCUUGCGUUUCAGCAGCCAGGAUGCAGCAGAGCGGGCCCGUAAGCGCAUGGAGAACGAGGACGUCUUCGGGAACAAGAUCAGCGUCUCGUUUACUGCCAGGGGCAAACAGGGGUCACGGGGGGAGGAGAUGACAGCUAAAGGUCCCCUCUCCUCAUCCUCUUCCUCCCAGGCUGUGGAGGAACCCAGAUCCCCUAAGAAUGCAAGAUGUACUGCCAGGCUGUGCCAGAGCAUCAGAGACCCUGUGAGUGAGCAGACCUUCAGCCCCAGGAAGGGGGCUCGGGCCAUCAACGGCUCAGCAGUGAAGAACAGCGUUCAGGUCAAAAGCCUGCAGGAGAUGUGCACCAUGGAAUCAAAGCCCAAACUGAAUUGUGCCCCUGACAAGAAAAGCCAAAAUGAGACCCCCUCCCCACAGAGCAGUGAUGAAACCACUUGCAUCACCUCUACAGCCAGCAAGAGUGUGGGCAUUGGGGAGUCCCCUUAUAGGGGCCGGAGGAGAGACUCUCUGACUCCUCGCAAUGUGACAGACUCGCCUGAUGAGAAAGCUGAGAAGACUUCCAGUGACUUUCACAUCAGCACCCCUUCAGCCUUUAUCAAGCUGAACCUGCAAAGAACAAUGAGCCCCCUCAUCCUUUCUCAAGGUUCCUGGUCAUCCCGCUCCAGGAGUGGAUCCCCCUGCCUUUCUAAUCGUUCCUCUCCGCUGACGACGCCAACCCGAAAUCACAGCCCCUGCCCAGAAGCCACCCAAGGCCCCUUUGCAAAUGGAGUGGACAUUCAAGUGGCAAACUUGGAUUACAGACUGUCCCGGAAGGACCUGCAGCAGCUCCUGCACGACACUUUCUCGAAGCAUGGCAGGGUGAAGAGUGUGAAGCUAAGUCCUCACAUAGACUACCAGCUGAGGGCCACAGUGCAGUUUGGUACUUUGCAGGAAGCUAUUGGUGCAGUGAGCGGGCUGCACCGCCACAAGGUUUGUGGCAAACGUAUUCGGGUCUCCCUGGUCACUGGCAACAACAACAAGACUCUUUCCCCCCUCAGUUCUGAAAUCAUCACUAUUCUGCAAGAUGCCCCAGCCUGCUGCCUGCCCCUGCUUAAAUUCACUGAAAUUUAUGAGAAAAAAUUUGGGCACAAGCUGGGUGUGUCUGACCUGUACAAGUUAACAGACAUUGUGGCUGUGCGAGAUCAGGGAAACCGCAGGUUAGUGUGCCUGUUUCACAGCAGUCAGGCACGACAAAGCCCACUAGGAUCUUCACAGUCACAAGAUGGUUUAUCAGCCACCUGCAGCCCAGUGGUAUUUGAGGAGCUUGAAUACCAUGAGCCAAUCUGUAAGCAGCACAGCAUCCACCAUGAUUUCAGUGAGAGUGAGUUUGAUCCAGAUUCCUAUAAAAUCCCCUUCGUUCUGUUGCCCAUGAAGGUGUUUGCUGCCCAGGUGCAUGGCCUGCUGCAGACACACGAGGGAACUGUCCCAUUGCUCAGUUUCCCUGAGUGCUAUGCGUCACAAUUCGGCCGUCUCAAGCUGGUGGAGGAGGGGGAAGGAGGUGUCCCUCUAGAGCACCUCGUCACUUGCAUCCCCGGCAUCAACAUUGUCACUGCUCAGAACGGUGUUAAGAUAGUACAGUGGAUCCACAACAAGCCACCUCCACCUAACGCAGCAGAUCCAUGGGUUCAGUGCUGCAAGAGUCAAGUUGGGAAUCCCCGGCUGAUCCAGUUCAGCAGGGAGGUGGUUGACCUGAUGAAGAACCAGCCCUGCUGCAUCAUACCAGUCAGCAAGUUCAUGGCCACCUACCACCACCACUUUGCCAAGCAGUGCCGCGUCUCUGACUACGGCUGCUCCCAACUGCUUGAGCUGCUAGAGGCCGUGCCCCACGUACUUCAGAUCCUCGGAAUGGGUUCCAAGCUUCUGCUCACCCUGACGCACCAGGCCCAUGUGAAGCGUUUCACCCAGGAUCUCCUGAAGCUUCUUAAUUCCCAGGCCAGCAAACAAAUAGUCAUCCGGGACUUUUUGCAGGCCUAUCGCUGGUGUUUCUCCAAAGACUGGGAUGUGACUGAAUACGGGGUGUGUGAGCUGCCAGAUUUAUUAGGAGAAAUUCCAGAUACUACAGUCUGUGUAACUGAAGAAGACGGUGACAUGGUUAUCUCAAUUCCUAAAAGAGAACGCACCCGGGAGGAGGUGGAGAGGACAAAACAGUUUGCCAAGGAGGUGGUGGACCUUGUUUUCCACCAGCCGCACUUCUGCAUGCCCUUCAACAAGUUCAUCCCUUCAUACCACCACCACUUUGGCCGUCAGUGCAGGCUGACCUACUAUGGGUUCAGCAAACUGAUAGAGCUCUUUGAAGCCAUCCCAGAGGUGCUGCUGGUGCUGGAGUGUGGAGAGGAGACGAUCCUGACCCUGACGGAGGAGGAGAAGGUUAAAGCGCUGGCUGCUCAGUUUGUGAAGCUGCUCCGAUCCCAGACGGACAACAGCAUACUGAUGAGUGACCUGCUGGCUGAGUAUGGCAAGACCUUUGGCUAUGGGAUGAGGCUGCAGGACUAUGAUGUCGUUUCGGUGCCGACGCUGUUGCAGAAACUGUGUCAUGUGGUAAAGAUGGUGGACUCUCCGGCUGGCCGGGCGAUCCAGCUGAUAAACAGAAAGUCUCUGCGUUCCCUCACUACCCAGCUGCUGGUGCUUUUCAUGUCCCAGGACAACUUUUCAAGCCAUCUCUGCGUUGACCAGCUCCUCACGCAGUAUGAGGCAGUCCACGGCCCCCCUCUCAAUCCCUGCGAGUACGGCUUUGUGUCUGUCAGUGAGCUGCUCAAAAGCCUGCCCUACCUUGUUGAGGUGUUUGUGAGUGAGGAAGACGAUGUGCAGAAGGACUAUGUGAGACUGACACGGCUCUACCAGUUUGCCUGCAGUGUCAGGGCCCUGCUGCACACCUACCACUACCAGCAGAUCUUCCUAAGUGAAUUUCCAAGUGCCUUCAGCAAGUACACAGGAAAGGGGCUGCAGCAUCGCGCCUAUGGUUACAGCACAGUGGAGGAGCUUUUGGGAGCCAUCCCACAGGUGGUCUGGAUAAAAGGUCAUGGACAGAAGAAGAUAAUUGUUCUGAAGAAUGACAUGAAAGGCUCCAGCCACACUGACCCAGAGCUGUUGUGUUUAAGUGGUGGCUCCCCUGUGGACCUGUUGUGUGGUCCAGUCCCAUCAUGUUUGCCCUCUCCCCAACUGCACCCUGACCCAGUUCUGUUGGAGCUUGCUGAUCUCAUCCAGUUUGAGGAGCGGCCAAGAAACAACAUAGUUACUCAGGAUACCCCCACCUCUGAGAACAAGACUCCUGACGACUCCAAUGGCCCCAGGGGAGUUUCUCUAACCAGCCAAGUCCAGAAACCCAGCUCGACAAUCCUCUCUCCAGUCAACAAACCCCCACCACCUUGCACACUGAACAGAGCUGUAACUGAGAGUUCAGUCAUGAAGACGUCUCGCAACAAAGUGAAGCUGGCAGCUAACUUCUCCUUUGCACCCGUAACCUGACUUUAACCACCAUUACACACGCACACAUAAUAUAGCCAGGUGCAUUCACACCAACAGAGCGGGUUAAGUAAUGCUGUAAAUAAUUGCCUUUCAGUUGCCGUAUAUAAAUUUUUUUUGUUGUUGAUACUUUAGUAAUGUCUUAUGCUUCGCCAACUGUGUGCUGCUUUUUUUUCUAUGUGAAAACUUUUUUAAUGUCAUUACCUUAUUUCACAAAAGAUCACACCUAUUUUUUUAAUUGAUCAAACCUGGUGUGGGGGGAUGGUGUUAGAUAUGCAGUUUGGGAAUUGUCAUAACUGCCUCUGCAUCCUAGGAUUCAGUUAAGUUCUACCUCAAAACAAGCUGCAUUUGAACAACUAGAAUUCUAAUAUGGUGUGUGGGGGUCUUGUAGCUGGCAGGUAACUUUUCAGGUAACAUGCACCUUUCACCACAGCACGGGGUAUGGACCUCUCUUAAAACAUGCGUUUUCAGAAGAGCUUAUGUCGGUAUCGUUAAUGCACUUUAUUGCUGGUGCUGAUAAAAGCCAUUUUGGUUUAUUCAUUUUUGUCUAAUUUAAUAUAUAUAUAUAUAUAUAUAUAUAUAUAUAUAUAUAUAUAUAUAUAUAUAUAUAUAACACACAUUCUGCUCAAGUUAAAGUGUGUGUAUUUUGUAAUCAUUCUGCAAGUGAUUGCUUUAGAACUGUGUUCUAUCCUCUCUUAAGACCAUGGACUGUCUUUGCUGUGUUAUUAUGUUCUGUAUAGGUUUGUCAUUUUCCCUUGAUGGGGAUUGUGUUUUUUAGGAAAGAAAGAGAUAGCGUGAAGAAAUAGACAUGUCUAAGUCUUUACCAAAGCAGCUCAAACAGAUACUAGUGUGUAACAGUGCUUUACGCUUCGUUAGCAUAGGGGCUGAGCAUUUGAUUUGCAUUUUGAGUAUUCUGUAGUUGAGGACUGCUGUUUUACAAGGCAAGAUACAGUGCGAAAUAUGCAUCUGAUGCGUAAAUCACAGCUGACUUUAAAGAAAGGAAAUGGAGAGUAAUGGGGGUGGGGGACAGAAGAUAAACCGUAGUUUCCUUGGGUAUAUGGAAAUGUCAGUGUUUUUGGUUAAUUUGUUUCUUUUUAAUAAAAUAAUAAAAAAAGAAACAUAUAUGUUGAGUUCAAGGGGAGUUUACUAGCUGCCUUUUUUGUAUCAUAAGUAUGUUUUUAUUCUAAUGGUUAUCAAGUCCAGUGUUGUGCAAUUUUGAAAGCCUUGUCAUUUACGUUUUGAGUAAAAAGAGCCCUGGAAACAUCAGAGUGGUCCAACUGUUGUGGUCUCCCACCUAGGAUCAGAUAGUUGGUUGACAGGACAUCCCUAUAGGCUUUCUGACUAGAGUCUGGCUUUUACAAUGGAUUGUAUUAGCCAUGGCACACGUGAAAAGGAAAAGUUUAUCAUUUCUUAACUUUUUUUUAUUAUUUGUUGGUUGUUUUUACAUUUUUUUUUAAAUGAACAAAACUUUUCUAGUUUGAAAACUAAAAUGGGGCAGGAAUGUACAGAACUACCACAAAAAAGGUCCCAGUUCACAUUGUUGUAACCAAAUAUGUGUGUCUGCUCUAUUCUGACAUCACCUCUUCCAACAUUGGUGUGUCACCCCCCCCCCCACACACACAGCUGCACCGCAGAGGACCCUCGUAAACUGAAUUGAUCUUUUAUUUGCAGAAAUGCAUAGAAAGUACGAGCUCUUAUAAGGCAGCACAGAUCCUCCUUUCUGCAGACGGUAGCGAGUUUUGCAAGUGGAAUUUUAAUGCAUUUUGUUUCAACAGUUGUCCUGCCUUGUAGAAUGUGAAUUCUCUUUUCAGAGAGGGAUACAUUUUGAACUAUGUCUGGAACUAGACUACAGAGAGAAACAGGAAGAAUUAAUAAAUUCUGAAAAUAUGAAAUCUGUGCAAAAUACUAUUUUAGGCUCAGUGAUUCUUUGUGUACCUCUUGCUCAGCAGCCAAUUGGGUAGGAGAACUUUCAGGGUUUUUUGAUUGUUUGUUUUAUGGUAAACAAGAAACCUUUACAAAUUAAAUGUACUUCAGCUGCAGAGAUGGUAUUGCUAUGCACACUGUUUUUCCAAGUUUGCUAGCAGUGGAUGCUCCCUCAAGAACAGUAUUGUCCUCCCCCAUCUAACAUUACAGUUAGAGUACUCAUAUUAGGAUGGGAUAAUGCUUGCAAUAUAAAUGAAAUUGGUAAUUAGGAGGCGGUAUGGUCCAAUGGUUAAAGAAAAGGGCUGCUAACCAGGAGGUCCCCGGUUCAAAUCCCACCUCAACCACUGACUCAUUGUGUGACCCUGAGCAAGUCACUUAACCUCCUUGUGCUCCGUCUUUCAGGUGAGACGUAGUUGUAAGUGACUCUGCAGCUGAUGCAUAGUUCACACACCCUAGUCUCUGUAAAUCGCCUUGGAUAAAGGCGUCUGCUAAAUAAACAAAUAAUAAUAAUAAUUACAUAUACUUGGUUUCCUUCCAAUGUAAGACUACUGAUUUGUACCUUUUUUUAUAUGCCUGUUUGCAUACUUUUGGUUUGUUCAUUUUUAAAACCUGCAUACUGGUUUCUUUAGAAAACAGACCUUUGUAAUGUUGGUUUAAUAAAAAAAAAAAAAAAAAAAAACAGAACAGGCCCUCAAUUAUUUAACUGCCAUAUUUUGGGCUAUUUUAAUAAUUUUUUAUUGGGGAGUGGUUUGAACAUUUAAAUGUACAGUUCCACAUGUUCUGUGUUCACACAUAUAAAAAGGGUAUGCUGGCAAUAUUGUUACCCUUAUUCCCUUGUCUGAUGCUGCACUUGUUAACUGGCCACAGUUGCUUUCAUCUGGAACCCCUUACAAAUUCCUGGCUCUUGCUUAUGGAGAAAUGUAUUGUCUUUUUGUUUUGUAUUUUGUUUGGUUUUUUUGCAUAGAUUACAAUAGUGGUUUCUUUUUGUGUGAAGGGACUGAUUUUUAUGUUAAUAAAUCUCUCAGCAAUCACACAUGUAUGUUUAAUUUAUUGUUGUCUCCAGAAGUGUGUGUGAAGGGGGGGGGGUCGGGUUGAGUGCUAUAACCUGCCACAUUUCAUUGCUCUGUACUGAAUAAUAUGAACCGCUAACUUUUCCAGUUGUCCUGAACUUGGUAUUCAAAUGUCUUUGGUCCUUGAUGGUUACAUAAACUUUAUUGGAUUCUAA